GACGGCCAUGUAAACAAGGAAAAGACUUGCGGACGGAGGAACGUAUUUCAUCGCGGACACAAAAUACACUCAGCAUUAAAUGAUACCUCUCCAUUAAGCGUGGCCAACAGCCAUGGGCUUUCCUGUCACCAUCAAAGUCAAUUUCAGGGGGAAUGUGAGGAAGUUUCCCGUUGCGGACUCGGAGAAAGCACAGUGGGAAUCUGUGGAGGCCUGGAUUAAAAGUACCAUUGGCUUAUGCCACUUUCAAGUAAAGUAUUUUGAUGAAGACAAUGAGGAGGUUUCUAUCAACAGUCAAGAGGAAUAUGUGGAAGCACUGAAGAGCGCUCUAAAGCAGGGGAACCAACUCCACAUGAAUGUUUACAAGAUGAAAGGGCAAGCUGAAGGUGGGGCCAUGAAGGUGGAGGUGAAGGAGCUGAAGCUUGAGAACCGACCAGCUCCCCCGUACCCCUCCCGGCUAAAAACAGUCGACAAGGAGACCCAGGUCACCCCCGAGCGGGACUCGGUGGUAGUGAAGGAAAACAAGGGGCCCAAGGUGGAAGAUGAGGCAGUACCAGCAUGGUUCAAAUCGUACAUGGACAAGUUUAAAGACCAGGUAGUGAAGGAGGUGGUGGACAAGAUGUGCAGCGAGUUCUCCGGCCAGUGCUGCACACACAGAGGCCCCGGGCAGCGGCCCGAGGAGCCAGGCACGUCGUCUGGGUCCCAGGGGCCCAUCAUCAGCUCCACCACGGGGGUCACGUCCAGCUCCAGCACCCCGACCUGCAGCAGCUGCAAGGGACCAGCCACGGGGGGAGGCUACCAGUGCAGUGUGUGCCCAUCUUGCAUUCUGUGUGAGCCUUGCAGUCAGGGCCACGACCCCAGCCACAACCUCAAGAGGACGCGGACGCCCUUGUCUGUCCCCGAACGUGGGGUGACUCCAGAGCCCAGGUUCCCGCGGCGCGGCGACCGGACGGUGCGCAAGGCCGAGCGCCAGCGCCUGAAAGCGGAGCGGCGGCAGCUGAAGGCGGAGGUGAAGGAGAUCAAGAAGAAGCUGCGGCUGGAGAAGCGGGGCCUGCUGUGGAGCGGCACCACCGGCUCCAGCGCCAGGCCGUCCGUGCUGGCCCUCGUCCCCGCAGCCCCAGCCCUGGACCCAGCCCCAGCCCCUGCACCGGGUCCCGGUCCCCAGGCCACCAGUCCAGAGGGUCCCAAGGUCUCCUGCUCCACCUUGGUGCCCACAAUGACUGCCUUGUUUCUGGACGAGAACCUGCCAGACGGCACUUGUCUGGAGCCAGGAACCAAGUUCAUCAAAUACUGGAAGAUGCACAACACAGGCAACAUCAGCUGGACGCCUGACACCAAGCUGAAGUUCAUGUGGGGGAACCUGGCCCCGGAGUCGCGGGAGCAGAGGGAGGUGACGGUGCCCUUCCUGCAGCCGGGCCAGGUGGGCGUGGUGAGCGUGGCGUUCGUGGCUCCCCUGCUGGAGGGCACCUACACCUCCCACUGGCGCCUGGCGCACUGCGGCGAGCAGUUCGGCCCCCGCGUCUGGUGCAGCAUCAUCGUGGUGCCCGGGGGCACCGCCACCGCUUGCCAGCUGGGCGCCCGACAUCACAGCAAGAGGCCGAGAGAUGACCUUGGUCACGCCGAGAAGGAGCAUCUGGCCUGGCCGGCCACCAGGAGCUCCAAGGACGCGUCCUCGUCCGUCGGCUCCCAAAGACCCUACUACAUUCCCUCGGUGGACAUGCUGACAGCACAGGUGUGUCUGGAGGAUUUGCUGUCCUUUGAGUUGCUGGACAUAAACAUUGUGCAAGAGUUGGACAAAGUCCCAGCUAACACUCCUGUCGAUAUGACCCCCUGCAUGUCUCCCCUCCCUCACCGAGGACACCUGCUGGACAAACCUGGAGUGGAGCUGACCAAAGACAAGCCUGGGCCCACUGGUGAUAAGAAACAUACAGGUCAUUACAUGGUCAGUACAUUAAAGGACUCUUGUUGGUCUGGUCUUGUCAUGCAAGUGGUGCCGCCCCCAGACCACUUGGACCCUCACGGUCAUGACGAGGCGGACGAGGACAUCAGCGGGACCCAGUUUGUGUGCGAGACGGUCAUCCGCUCGCUCACCCUGGAGGAGCCGGACCACAGGCCCCGCCGCAGGGCACGGCAGGGAAACGCCAAGCCUGUCGUUUCCUGUCUUGAGAGACCACUGCUGCUGUUGAGUGACAGAACACAGGGGCCAAUCACCAAGUCAAUUGAGAUCCCACCUCCCCACCCCCAACUGACUGUGCUAGAUGAGCAAGUCAUCUUAGAGAGGUUUGUUGCUUCGGAGGAGAACCUGUACACUGACCCCAGCGAGACGGAGCGUGAGGAUGAGGAAGAGGAGGAGAAGCCGCCGGGGGACAUGUGCGUGGAGCCGGAGCGGGCGGAGGAAGAGCCCGACGCCGAGGUCGAGGCCGGUACGGGCGACUGGGACGAGGUCAGCAGCCAGGUGUCGUCGGUCUCGUCCGAGGACUACACCGUCAUCCUGCCCGACUGCUUCGACACCACGCGCCCGCUCGCCGGCUCCAUGUACAGCUCGGCCGUCUCCCAGCACGGCGCGGUCAGCUGCCUCAGCGUCGUCGGCGCGGCCCAACCGCAGCCCGGCCGUGCGUCGGACGCGGAGCCGGACGGAGGUGACCGGGCGGAAGGCGAGGCGGACGGGAGAGGGAGGUCGUCGCCUAUCCACGGCAGCGUGACCAACAUGCUGUGCGCCUCCCAGACCUUAGAUGCCCCGGCGCUCGUUCCCGAGGUGGUGCCGGCCCCAGGCCCAGUGCCCCCACCUGUCCCACCCCGACAUGCACAGAGGCUGGUGCAAGAGAGGGAACCAGACCUGAUCCCAAGGACAGGACAAAGAACCAACGUCCUGCACAGGGUGGACAGCAGUUUGAAUGCGCCCAACCCGACGCACGAGCUGAGCAGCCCGGGGUCCGAAUCCGAGCCUCACAGCCCCCGAGAAAGCUCCUCGAAGGAUCUGAGGGUGCGUCACCGGGGCAUCACGGAGGGGCUGGUGAAGGGAGCGCUGUCCGUGGCGGCGUCCGCCUACAAGGCCCUCUUCACUGGACAGAGCAGCUCCACACAGCGCGCGGUGGUGGCGGAGGAUCCGGCGUGCGAGGCCGCGUCCAUGCAGGCCGUGCUGCAGGAGAUGGGCUUCUGCGACGCCGCCCUCAACCAGCGGCUCCUCCUCAAGCACCGCCACAACCUCCUGGACGUGGUCAACGAGCUGGUGCAGCUCAACGACAACGAGUGGUACGCCACACGGCACUGAGGAAAAGAGGGUGGACGACCGCGCCGUGGUACCCGACCGACCGGCCAGCCUGCGGUUCACCUGCCGCGGGCUCAUCAGAACAUUCGGCUUCAGUCUUUUUUCUUUUUCUUUUUUUUUUAAACAUAAGAAACUUUUGUGAAGAGGGUGCUGGGUUUGUUUGUGGUUUUGGCAUGCUAAGAUGUGUACUGGAAGAUAUUAUUGGGGCUCUUCACGCAAGAGGUGUGUUUAAAUGAACAGCGGAUUGAGUUUUCUGUAAAAUGAGCAGACCCAUCUUCAGCUUUUGAUCAUACAGUGGUAGACUAGGGCAGGGUGUGGGAGGAGUCAGUGAGGGAGGAAAGGUGCUCCCACUUCAACUUAUGGUGGCUAAAAAACUAGCCAAAUGUCUGUAUUCAAGUGGUGAUAGGAAGGAGAUGGGGGAAAUGAAACUUUGACAGAGGAGUGAAAGACAAAGAUACACAAGAAUUUGUUCUUUGUUUUGGCAAAAUCCAGGUUUGUGGUCUAAAAUACCCUGUACCAAUAGUACUCUGUGUCUUUUCCUUCAAACCGACAUCAAAGCCUGUCCUGUUGGAUUGUGUGUGGAUGUGUAUGUGUGUGUGUGUGUGUGUGUGUGUGUGUGUGUGUGUGUGUGUGAGAGUGAGUGCGUGUGUGUGUCUGUCCAAAACAGUACCUUAGUAAAUUCUUUCGGGGCAUGUGUCUGUGCUAAAGAAAGACUUCUGACAAAACAGGGUGAUGAGAGAAUUGCCCUCAUGUGAGCUCGUGUGCUUACCUCCCGUGGGACUCCUAGGCCGACUCUCUCCCCUCUCCUAGUCUGCAUCUGCCACAGUAGUAGGAAAGUCAAGUGAUACAUACGUUUACAAAACUCAGAUUAUAAAACCUAUACCUGAAGACACAGUAUACAAUGCAUAGGACACUAAUGACUGUGCUGAUUUUUUUUUUGUUUUUUUGUUUUGCGUUUUCAAUAAAAUUGUGUUGCUCUCUGCAGACACUGAAGGACUUCAAUGCAGAAGCAUGCAAUGUUAAAAAAAAGAACAUGAAAAGUAAAUGAAAAUUGAAACCUUAUAGAAUGUAUUUGUGACAUUUGCACUGUGGCAGUUUAGAAUGGAUGAUGUUAAAGAUGGCAGCAUUAAAAUGAGAUACACUUUGCCUGCAAUGUGUCACACUAAAGUUACUAUAAUGCAGAUGUUUCCUUUGCUUGAGGUCCACCGUUACCCUUUUUCCCUGUGACAGCAUAGAAUCCCUCCAACAUUCCAGUAGAGUGAAAUCAAAUUGCAAUGAUGAGAACACCCUUUCAUGCUGUUGACCUUUAUAGAAAUUCUCCACAAUCGAAUGACUGUGCAUCAGAGAGGGGUGUUUUGAUCUAUACACGUUACUUUUUUAUUUUUUAUUUUGCUUUUUUUUAAAAGAUAAGCCAAUCUUGUUAUGUUUUAUAGUGAAAAGAAUGUAGUGUACAAGAGCAGCAAAAAGUCAUUAAUUGCAUUUGUUAAAUGUAUUUCCAAAUUUUAUUUUCAUGCCAAUCUGAUGAAGUACUUCUGUCCUUUUUUUCCCAUGUCUGACCUAUAUGAAACCAGUGCUUUGACCAUAACUGCCCAUAAAGCCAGUGUCAAAUCCCAGUUCUUAACCGUAAGCCUAUAGAUAAAUCUGAGCCCAUACAUGACUCUGCUGAGCCGACAUUAUUUGGAAUGUGUUUUGAAAGCGCGGCCCGUGCAGACACUGGUUUUCCCUCUGCUCAGCUGAAGUCUCACUUCCCCUUCCACGAGAGGGGACCUGAAACGUACAGAAAUAUCCUUGUGCUCUCUCUCUCUCUGUUUUUUCUAAAAAAAAUCGUGCUUCUUGUGUUGUUGUGCACCGACAACGGGGAGGUCGGCCGUUUCUCUCUCCCUCGAUUUUUGCCUUUUGUUCAGAAAUUAGACGUGAAAUGGCAUAUUUGUGAUGAUGAAUAGCCUACAGUGAAAACGUGAGCUUACAUUUCUAUAGAUAACGUGGCUGGUCAUGAGUAGAGACAGAACUUCUGUUUGUUUGGCCUAGGCCUAAAGGCGAAAUGCAUUUGACAAAGUGCAUCUUGUGUUUUUCAUUCUGAACUUGGCACGUUUAAUUGUGUUUGCCUUCUGCUUAGAAAUAAUGUGGUUGUCACUUGGAUUCAGGCUGUGCUGUAACAGGUUCAGCAAGAUAACAGACAGGUUGUACCAGGAAACAGAGUGUAACUGCUGUUUUUAGCUCACCAGAUUAUUGAUGAACACUGGAGCUGGUUAUGCCUCUUGUUUCUUAAAUAAAAAAGUGGAGACCCCAAAGCUAUUAACUAUUCUUCAAGGAAGUCAUUAUAUUUUUAGUAAUGCUGUUUAUGUUAUAUUUGCUUUACCACACUGUAAAUAACUGGUUGAAGAAAUAAAGUAUGUCAAAACUGCUACUC